AUGUCACCGGCUGCGGCCGUCGAUAUCAGUUCACCGGUCACUUCCAAACACCCUUACACUCCCCAAAACCCUAACUCCAAUCCAAUACCAAAUAACCACCGCCAAACCGUACAUGCUCCGGUUUUUGGUAACCCAAGCGAAAUCGAUAUGAAUAAAAACGGGUCGCAAACGGGGUUGGGCCAUGCGCGACCGAGGCUGGUGAAGUUGAGGAGGCGGUUACAUGGGAGGAACAGAGGAGCGGUUCCAGGUGAGUUAGGGUCCGGGUCGGGUUUUAACCCGUUUAAAUCAGCAAUUAACUACUGUUGUAGCAGUGGUAGUAAUUUAAACGAGAAUAGUAGUGUGUCCGGUGUGGAUUUUGUGUUUGGUGCUAACGGGAGUGUAAAAAGUGGGAAUUUAGAUUUUGAUUUGAAUUCUAGAGUAGAAUUGGAUUUCAAAGAAACAGAAUUUGGUGGAAAUGUGGGACAAUUGGGAGAUAAGGAGCCAACUUUGGAUGCAAAAGUGGAGGAUGGGGAGUUUGGUGAUGUGGGUUUCGUGUUUGGUGCUAAUGGUAAUAAUGUUGGGGUGAAAUUUGAUUUAGAUAAGAGUGAAUUGAAUGAGCGUGGUGUGAAUGUAGGCGAAGUAGAGAGCAAAAAGGUCAGUAAUGUGGGGGACUCUGAGUUUUGUGAUGACAGGAGCGAAUUGGGAUUGAGUUUGAAUUCCAAUAAGGGAGACUGUAGUGGGAGUGGGGUGAAGUUGGAUUCUGAUGAUGUUGGUUUUGUGGUUGGUGCUACUCAUGAUGGUUCCAGUACAAACGUGGGGGUUUCUGGUUCAGGUUUUGUGUUUGGUGCAAGUUGGUCUGAUGGAAAGUUAAAUUCGGAUGAGGGAAAGAGGGAAACUGGUAAAAGUCCUGGAAUUUCAGUCUUUCCUGAUACAGGGAAGAUUAAGGUAAAAAAUGAGGCCGAGCUUCAUAAAAUGAAAGGUGACAGUAAGGGUGUUUUUGUGUUUGGUUGUAGCAGCGAGAAAAGUUUCAAUCCCGAUGAAUGUGUGGUUACAAACUGCCCUGUUGAGGUCAAGCCAAGCGGUGAAACUUUUUUAAACUACAGCAUUUCAAAUGAUCAAAAUGGUAAUCUGAAUUCUAGUGUCAAUGAUAAGUGUAAGUUCACUAUAUUUGCAAAUAGUAGUAAUGUAGCUAGUGCUUCUAGCACGAACCCAAUAUUUAAUCUCCCAGAAGAGAUUAAGAAACUUAGCAUUAAUGAGUUCAAUAAUGUACAUGGAGCUGACAGCAAGAAUUCAUCUGCUAAUGGUGAUUCUUCAUUUGUGAUCAGAAGCUGUAAAAAGGCUUCUGCCUCUUCUAAUGGAAGUUCAGAUACUUGUUCUUCUGAACAGAAUGCAGCCAUGGGUUCUGACGGUGACAAAUUUGAAUCCAGUGACAAGGACAGAAGUUGUCAUCCAGCUUCUAUUGGAAUUUCGAGUUCAGAAUCAUUUACAUUUCAGGCAGGAUUGACAAAGAGUUUUUUCGAGAGUCAUUCACAACUCAAUGAAGCUGCUCCUCUAUCUUCAUCAGCAUCAGUUGGUUUUGACUCUCAUGUAAACGAUGGAGUGUCUGAAGCAACAAGCAUGGCUGGAGUUGGAAAGGAAAAUAACAAAAGUAGUUCAACAGGCAUUCUGGGUGGAUUAGGGAUGCCCUUUACAGACUUCAAAACACCAUGGGAUCCUUCUUGUUUAAAAACAAGUCUAUUUCCUGAAUCAAAUAAGAAACCAGAAUUUACUGCGAAUAGCAGAUCAAAGAAGGGCAAAAGAUCAGAAAUGAGGAUAAAGUUGAAGCAGGAUUCCUUAUGUAAGCAACAGCCAGAGCAAGAUCAUGCGCAAAAUGAAAUGAGUGGCCAGGAAAAUCUAAAUUCCCCCUGUUGCUACUCACCAAUGGAUUUUUCUCCUUAUGAGGAAACUACUGCAGCUGAGAAAUUUUAUCACGGAAAUUCUGUGACAUCAAAUGAUUCCAACCACCAAGAAAAUAAUUGUGCACCCUCUAUCUUGCAUUCAACAGUGAUUGGUGGUCUCAAAGAGAGUCAAGGAUUAGAUGUUAAUAAAGAUGAUGGGAAGCCUAGAGAGAAGAUGAACCAGGAGAGUUUUGGUUCUGGUUCUGAAAGAUGUUUCAUGGGGGAUUAUAUCUCUAAAGGGUUUGUUUUUGGAGCUGAAAUGGCCUGCUCUGGUUUCAACUUUGAGCAGGUUGGUAGCAGUGAUGCUGGUACUGCUUCCACUGAAGUUACACAUGGAUUAAAGACAGAAAGCUGCCAUCAAAUGCAAUUUUCCUUUGCUGCAGGUUUGGAAGAUAUAGGUGGGAGAAAAUUUUCCUUUUCUGCUUCAUCCUCUGAACAAAUUAGUUCAUCAACACCAAAGCGUCAGUAUAUAAAGAAAUAUAGGAGGAAACCUCCAUGCAAACCAUUUGUUGUUGCCCCAAACCCAAAUGGUCAAAAAGAUGAUUUAUCUACUCCACAAAGAAAGGUGGGGAAUAAAUCUGAAAUAAAUGAAUUGGUGAAGCAAGGUUCAAUUUCAUCUGUCGGCUCUGUUCUGGAAGGAUGCGAGAUGUGGCGAGCAAGGGGAAAUCAUGCUUAUCAAAAUGGGGAUAUGUUGAAAGCUGAGGAGUUUUACACAUGUGGCAUAAAUUCCAUUUCUUCUAAUGAGAUGUCAGGAUGCUGCCUCAAGCCUCUUGUUAUUUGCUAUAGCAACCGUGCAGCAACACGGAUGUCUCUUGGAAACAUGAGGGAAGCAUUAAGGGAUUGCAUAAAGGCUGCUGGUCUAGAUCCCAACUUUUUCAAAGUUCAAAUAAGAGCUGCUAAUUGCCAUCUUCAGCUGGGAGAAGUUGAGGAUGCACUUCACUAUUUUAAUAAGUGCUUGGAAUCUGGAGCUGGUGUGUGUUUGGAUCGAAGAACCACAAUAGAAGCUGCUGAUGGCCUACAUAAAGCUCAGAAAGUGGCAGAGUGCACAAAUCGUUCUGCAAAGCUUUUGGAAGAGAGAACAUAUGGUGCAGCACUUAGUGCUCUAGAUGUGAUUGCUGAGGCAUUGUCAAUUAGCCCCUACUCAGAAAGAUUACUGGAAAUGAAAGCGGAGUUUCUUUUUAUGUUGCGGAAGUAUAAAGAAGUGAUUCAGCUAUGCGAGGAGACUCUUUGUGCUGCUGAAAAGAACUUUGCUUCAAUAGGUGCAGAUGGGCAGUUUGCGGAUAUUGGCUGUUCUGAAAGUGAAAAUUGCUCAUUUGCAAGGGUGUGGAGAUGGCAAUUAAUUUCAAAGUCCUACUUUUAUUUGGGAAAGCUUGAGGUGGCUCUCGAUUUACUUGAGAAAUUAGAGCAAAUGGGAUCCAUCAGUUACAAGUACGCAAAUGCAGGUAAGAUAUUGGAAACAUCUGUUACAUUAGCUGUCACCAUACGUGAUCUUUUACAUCAUAAGAGUGCUGGGAAUGAAGCAGUUCGAUCAGGACGAUACACAGAAGCUGUAGAGCAUUAUACUGCCGCUUUAUCAAACAAUAUUGAAUCCCGCCCUUUUGCAGCAAUUUGUUUUGGAAACCGUGCUGCUGCACACCAAGCAUUGGGGCAGAUUGCUGAUGCCAUUGCUGAUUGCAGCCUGGCUGUAGCCCUUGAUGGAAAUUACUCAAAGGCAGUUUCCAGAAGAGCAGCUUUGCAUGAGAUGAUUAGAGACUAUGGACAGGCAGUCAGUGACCUACAAAGACUUGUAUCCAUUCUUGGUAAUCAAUCUGAUGAAAAAGUCAGACAGUCCAGCAAACCUGUUAGAUCCACCAGCAGGACAAAAGAAUUAAGGCAAGCUCGUCAGCAUCUGUCCUUACUGGAAGAGGAGGCUAAGAAAGGAAUCCAAUUGGAUUUAUAUCGUAUUCUGGGAGUCAAGGAUUCUGACAUGGCGUCUGAUAUAAAAAAGGCAUACCGGAAAGCAGCACUUAAACAUCACCCAGACAAGGCUGGUCAGUUCUUGGCAAGAAGUGAAAGUGGGGAUGAUGGGUGGCUCUGGAAGGAAAUUGUCCAGGAGGUUCAUGCAGAUGCUGACAGGCUAUUUAAGAUGAUUGGAGAAGCAUAUGCAGUGCUCUCAGACCCCACUAAGCGGUCAGAUUAUGAUCUUGACGAGGAAAUUAGAAAAGCAUCAAAGGAAAACAAUGGAAGCAGCCCUUAUAGAAGAACAUCAUAUACGCGCUGCAAUUCAAAUGAGAGAAAUGACUACCGGCGAAAUUGGCAGGAUAAUUGGAAGGCUUAUGGUUAUUCACAUUCGCGAUGGAAAUGUGGAAACAGUCCAGAUAAAUGUAUCAAAAUUGGCCGUAGCAUUGGUAAGAGGGAAGGUUUGGUUGGAGAAGGGUACUGGACCAUGAAGGGCAUUGUUUGCAAGCAUACUUUAAUCUUGGCUCUGCAAAUUGUGGCUUAA